AUGGGAAACAAUCGCUAUACUGUCCAUCAGAACGAAGGUAUAAAGCCCACUCCAGCCAGCCUACGAAUGUCAUCAUACCAUCUUGUCUCAGGGCAUCCUACAUUACGUUUACCGAGUUGUGGUCUCCACGUUGAAGAAGCCCAAAUAUUAGAGUAUGAUCUAAAUCUUGAAAAAAUAUCUGUGCCCAUAUAUUACAAGUACCACUCUUUCACAUUCUGUCGAAAUUUAAAAGGUAACCUGGUUCUCAUAAUCGACAACUAUCGCUUCAACAAGGAUAUAGAGCGCAACAAGAAGGUGUUCUGGAGAUGCGUGAAAAGGAACUACGGCUGUAAAGUGUCCGCAGUGACACGGCGCGCGAUCCGCAUCAUAGGCGAUGAGGAGGUGACUAAACACCUCGAGCCCCUUCAAUUAUGCCGUGACGUGGCGUCACUAAGCGCGUUCUAUCGCCUGUACCAUGGCGAGUGUUCUGAGGAGUUAUUAUUUCUUAUUCCACCUUCCCCUUUCCUUCAGAGAAUCACGUGCGUUGGCCUUCGUUGUCACCGUCUAACUGUGGCCACAAUUCCAACGCGUACAAAGAAAUCUGUUUACUGCGAAUAUGUGAUUAACAAAGAGGGGAACAGAGUAUUGUUGAUUAACGGUCAUAGGUUCAACAAGCAAGGAGGUACCGGAGUCAAAGUCGUAUGGAGGUGUAAUAAAAGGAAUGAAGGCUGCAAGGCAAGGGUGUGGACAGUUGAAGAUGUAAUAAUCAAGUAUGUGAACCAUCACGAACACAAUAAAGGCCAGUGAGACAAGAAAAAAUAUAAUUUAAGUAACUUCAAAUGUUCAAAAUAAACAAGUUUUUUAUGGA